AUCCGCUUGGUGAUCGCUCAAUGUCAGUUUUAUCACGUUCUUGUUGACGGCGGCCGUAGGCGUAGUGGCGGCUUUGGUUUGUAGUUGAAAGGACGUGGAGUCUCUCAUCUGGUGACUCAUGAAUGUGGCGGGGAAGCUCCUCCCAGUAGCUCGUGGAAGACUUACAGGUGAAAGCUGAAGAAAGAACACCAUGAGACAUACAGAAAUAAAGAGACUGCUUUCUGCUAAUGCUAUCUGUAUAGCUUCCAUUAUUUUAGCAACUCUCAUUCCCUCACUUUUUUUGAAGAACUUCUCAGUCUUGGGAACACAUCUGAUAUGGCUGUGCAUCUGUUCAGCGAGUGUUGGAGCUGUCAACAUAAUUUUGUAUCUUAUCCUUAAACCAAAUCCAUCUAUGAAAAGAAGCUCAGUUGCCCACAAAGUGGCAAAGUUUAUAAGAUGCUGUGUGUACUUCUUCAUGUCCUGUAUCUUAUUUCAUGGAAUAAUUGUUCUUUAUGGAGCACCGUUAAUUGAAUCAGUACUUGAGACCUUCUUAUUUGCAGUUCUCCUUUCUACAUUCACUACUCUGCACUGCUUGUGUCUGCUGGGGCCAAAUUUUCAAGUGUGGCUCCGAGUGUUCAGUAAAAAUGGGGCAUUGUCCAUCUGGGAUAACAAUCUGCAGAUCACAACAAUGUGCAGCAUGGUGGGAGCAUGGUUUGGAGCAUUUCCUAUUCCCCUGGAUUGGGAUCGACCAUGGCAGGUGUGGCCCAUUUCCUGUUCACUGGGAGCCACCUUUGGCUACAUGGCCGGUCUUCUCAUUGCACCUUUGUGGAUAUACUGGAAUAGGAAGCAGCUUACAUACAAAAGCAGAUAAUGGACGCAAAGAAGAGAGAAGGCUUUGUUUGUUUUUGUGCCGAUUCCAUAAAGACUGUGCAGAGACUUCCUUGUGGGUCAAAGCUACCCAAACAUCUUCGAAGCGUCAUUGGGCUUUGUACCUCCUUUCACAGCAUGGUUUGCAUGCUGCGGCAACACGAUGAUGCAUCUGCCAUGAGUCCUAAAUUGUGUUACCCCUGAGAGAUUGUACUUUCCUUCCAGUCCUAAUAAAUUAUUUUGAACAGA